AUGAUAUUUGCACCUUUAAUUGGGGUUUACAAUCAUGGUCAAAUAGUGAUAUUUGCAUGUGCAUUCUUAAGCGAUGAAAGAACUGAAUCUUUUGUUUGGUUAUUUGAGUUAUUAAAGAAGAGCAUGCCUGCAAAAACCCCAAAGAUGAUUAUCACCGAUCAAGAUCCUACAAUGACAAAGGCUGUAGCUCAGAGUUUACCGAAUACAUUCCAUAGGUAUUGUAGUUGGCACAUACUUGAGAAGUUUUCUAUAUAUUUAAAUACAAUCACUUACAGAGAUUUUUACAAGGAUUUCAAAUACUGCAUUUGGGAAUCAGAACGUCCGGAAGAGUUUGAAAGAAAAUGGGCUUCUAUCAUCAAAAAUGAAAACCUACAUGACAAUGAAUGGUUAAAGUCAAUAUUUGAACUACGUUCAAGAUGGGUGCCGGCAUAUGUUAAUCAUGUAUUUUCAGUUGGAAUGUCAAGCAGCCAACGUGUAGAAAGCUCUCAUGCAUUUUCAAGAGCCAUUGGAAAUGGAGAAGCAAAUGACUGA